CGGAAUCCGGGCCCACACCCCCGUCGCGCACCGCCCCCAGCCCGCGCCGCCUAGUGACGUCACGACCCGGCCCCCGCACGUGACAGCCGCGCGCCUGGUUCCCUCUGGCUGCUGCGCUCGCGCUGCAGUGGCCGGUGAGGCGCCUUCAGCCACGCGGCCGAGGGCGCGAGCUGAGGGAGCCGGUCGCGGGGUUGCGCGCGCAUGGAGGCGGCACCGGAGGCCGCCUGAGAGCAGCCGGGAGAGCGGAGCGACUACCUCGCGCCUCCGUCGAGCCGCCUGGAGCCCGCGGCACCCAGCGGCUGCGGGCCGCGGAGCCGGCGCGGCCAUGGCGACGGGGACUCAGCAGAAGGAGAACACGUUGCUUCACCUCUUCGCCGGCGGGUGUGGGGGCACAGUUGGUGCUAUUUUCACUUGUCCACUAGAAGUCAUUAAGACAAGGUUGCAGUCUUCAAGAUUAGCUCUUCGGACAGUCUAUUAUCCUCAGGUUCAUCUGGGGACCAUCAGCGGAGCUGGGGUGGUGAGACAAACGUCAGUGACGCCUGGACUCUUACAGGUUCUGAAGUCAAUCUUGGAGAAGGAGGGACCAAGGUCACUUUUUAGAGGCUUGGGUCCAAAUUUGGUUGGAGUGGCACCAUCAAGGGCUGUGUACUUCGCUUGCUACUCCAAAGCCAAAGAGCAGUUCAAUGGCGUCUUCGUGCCAAACAGCAACAUCGUGCACGUUUUCUCAGCUGGUUCUGCAGCUUUUGUCACGAAUUCCUUAAUGAACCCUAUAUGGAUGGUUAAAACCCGGAUGCAGCUAGAACGGAAAGUGCGAGGCUCCAAGCAGAUGAACACGCUCCAGUGUGCCCGCUAUGUUUACCAGACGGAAGGCAUCCGCGGCUUCUACAGGGGAUUAACUGCCUCGUAUGCUGGGAUUUCGGAAACCAUCAUCUGUUUUGCUAUUUAUGAAAGCUUAAAGAAGUAUCUGAAAGAAGCUCCGUUAGCCUCUUCUACAAAUGGGACUGAGAAAAAUUCCACAAAUUUUUUUGGACUUAUGGCAGCUGCUGCUCUUUCUAAGGGAUGCGCCUCCUGUGUCGCUUACCCCCACGAAGUCAUCAGGACGCGGCUCCGGGAGGAGGGCAGCAAGUACAAGUCCUUCGUCCAGACUGCUCGGCUGGUCUUCCGGGAAGAAGGCUACCUGGCCUUUUAUAGAGGACUCUUUGCCCAGCUCAUCCGGCAGAUACCAAACACUGCCAUUGUGUUGUCUACCUACGAGUUAAUUGUGUACCUGUUAGAAGACCAUGCUCAGUAACAGGCCAGAAAACUGUGCUCUAGAAGAAUAAAACUGAGAAACCCUAGAGAAUUUUUUUUUUCCAUUGACAUGUAGAAUGUUUGAGACCGAAACAGGAAAGCCAUAGAAUAUCUGGCUCGCAUCACCUGUUGGACAUUUCCUUUUGGAUUCAUGCUUUCUGGAAGGUUUAAAUUCAUUAACGUUAACAGUUAAUUAUAACUACUUUUGCUUGGUGUUUGUGUGUGUUUGUUUUUUUAACUUAAGAGAAUACAGGAUUAAGCAGCCAGUAAAUUAAAUCAUGGUAUUUAAUUUAAGUAUAAA